GGAGCCUUUCUAUUUUGCUUUCAUCGCAUUCCUGUUUCGGUGCCAUCUCGUUUUGCCUGGUUCACAUUUUUGCAUGCCCGCCAUGGCUUCGGCACUGCCGAUUAGGUGACCUACCAGUGUUCCCCUGGAUCUCGAACUCGCCUGCAGCCUCUUUUUCAUUUGUCUCCUCUCCUGCCGCGUCAAUUCGACCUCAUUUUGCCGCUGUUUGGCGCUCGGAUAGAGUCUAGAAUCAUGGGUAAAACAGUCUCAAAUCCGAGGGUUUUCCUCGACAUUACCAUUGGUGGUGGUCCUGCUGGCAAGAUGAUAAUGGAGCUCUAUGCAGAUGUCGUGCCAAAGACAGCAGAGAAUUUCCGAGCUCUUUGCACAGGAGAGAAGGGUUUAGGCCGCAUGACAAAGAAACCCUUACACCUCAAAGACACUAUAUUCCACCGAAUCAUUCCAGGAUUUAUGGCACAAGGAGGAGACUUCUCCAAAAGAGAUGGCACAGGCGGGGAGAGCAUUUACGGUGGCAAGUUUGAUGAUGAAAAUUUCAAACUUGGGCAUGAUGGAGCAGGGAUACUUUCGAUGGCAAAUGCCGGCCCAAACACAAACGGGUCACAGUUCUUUCUUACUUUUAAAUCGCAGCCACAUUUGAACGGGAAGCAUGUGGUGUUUGGUAAGAUAGUUGAAGGACUGGAUAUCUUGAAGAAGAUCGAGGCUGUCCCUUCAUCUGGUCAAAGAAACAAGCCAGAUGUGCCUAUAAAGAUUGUGGAUUGUGGAGAGGUGCUCCGAGACAAAGACAAUGGUUCUGUUCCCGAGAAAAAUGUCAAAAGGAAGAUAAAAAAACACAAAGAUAGUAGAGAUGAUUUCUCAAGCGAUGACGAUAGAGAGCCUGUUCGUUCCAAGCGAAAACCCAGGAAGGUUGUGAAAGACCGAAGGAGGAAGAGGAGGCGCUACUCUUCGGUAUCUUCUGAAGACUCAUCAGAUUCAGAUUCCUAUUCAGAUAAUUCAUCUUAUACCGAUUCCGACUCUGAUUCAGACUCAUCUUCUGAAUUAAGCUCUUCAAGCGAAGAUGAGAGACGGAGAAGAAAGAGGAAACCUGUGAAGAAGGAGAAGAAAAGAACGCAUAAGAGAAGAAGAGAGAAACGCAAGGAUAGGAAGCGAAAGAGGAGGACAAGAACAAGAAGAAGAUCGAAGUGGAGUUCUGAUAGUGAUAGUAGUGAUUCUGACAGUGAAACGUCGAGCUCAGAGAAUGAGAGUGAUACGGGUAGCGAUGUGAGUGCACGUGGUGUCAAGUCUAAAGGCUCUCAGAAAGCUCAAAUUCGAGGGAAAAUCAAGCAAACCUCAGCAACAGUGGAAAAUUCUAGUCAGAAGGAUGAUGGUGAUCUUGUCGAGAAACAAGUAGAAGUUGAGAUAAAAGCCUUGAAGGAAGUUCAGGAAUUUCCAAAACGUAUCAAAUCCCAGAAGGCCGUUUCAGACAUAAGUUUAUCGCCUCCACCCAGUCCCCGUCAAAGCCGAUCCAUUACUCGGAGCAGAAGCCCUGAGAAGAGGAGAAGCUUGACUCGUAGUCCAAGUCCCAUCAGGAGCCACAUUCAGAUUAAAAGAAGCCUGAGCAGGAAUUCAAGCUUGAGUGGAGCCCCUCGCAGUCCUGGAUCUGUCAAGAGGAAAAGUCGGAGUAUGAACAUGAGCUUAAGUCCUGAUCCACGAAGUGUUCAACCUCAACGAGGUAGUGCACAGCGGCAGAGUCUGAAUAGGAGCUCGAGUAAGAGUAGGAGCCCUGUUUGUCCCCCUGCUGAAAAGGCGCGAAGCCCCACACCUGCUGAACUUCCCCGUAGAUCUCGUAGUCGGAGUUUGGUGCACAGUCCCAGUCGAGAAGGUACUCCGAAGAGGAUCAGAAGAGGUCGUGGAUUUAGCCAACAGUACUCAUACGCUCGUCGGUACCGCACACCAGACCGGUCUCCACCGCGGACAUAUGGCUAUGGUGGGCGUGGCGAUCGGGAUAGGCACGAUCGAGGUAGAAAUUACAGUAGCAGGUAUGGAGGAGGUUACAAAGGUAAUCGCGAUUGGAGCCCAAGACGAUAUAGAAGUCCUCCAAGAGCCCGAUCACCACCGAGAUACAGGAGGCAUGUCAGCAGGAGUCGAAGUCGUAGUCCUCCUGCCCGCCGUGAUCUUAGCCGAAGGGAUAUUUCUCGUAGCAUCAGUCGUAGUGCAUCCCCGUCUGGAGGUCGUGCUCCCAUCAGCAAUGACCUCCGUAAUCGCCUUAGGCCCCGACGUACUAGCUCACCUAAAGAUGGACCAAACAACGGAGCCGCUGGAGCAGCGAUACGUCGUUCUCCAAGUGCCACCUCUUCCAUAUCACACUCUCCAAGUCGAUCGUCGUCCAAAAGUCUCUCACCUGGCAGGAAGAAAUUAGUCUCCUAUGCUAGGGAUAAACCUGAUCGCCGACGACGCAGGUCAACGACACCAUCAGUCAGUGUUUCUCCAUCGCGGAGCAGAUCUUCAGGUGAGAAUGCAGGAUUAGUGUCAUAUGGAAGGGAUGUAAGUCCUGGUCCACGAUCACCCUAAGUAGUUUCUUUUGUUUUCAUUUGUUUGGUUUUUUAGGUUUUCUCCGAUAUCUUACGUUUUAGUGCCUAUGUAUUUGUCCUUGCUUGUUACUUGUCAACAAGUCUUUGUUCAGCUCAUGACGGGUAGCUGUGGCUUUUUCUUAUUAUGUGCUCAGUUCAGACGCUCACAAGCAUGAGUUAAUGUAUGUCUAUUGAACCUGAACAACUGCCGAAACAGCGGUCCUUAUCGUCAUUUAGCGUGACGUCGUCAAUUAGUUAGUUGUCUUUCAGGUUCAUGGCAUUCAACAUUUUCCACACAUAUACAGACAUGUUCUGUUUUCAGAUCUAUCGA